AUGCACUGCGCGUGCCGCACGACGGCACUGAGGAUAUUCAUUCGCAAUGUUGCGCCCCUGACGCCGUCCGAGUUUCUCAGAGCCUCCUUCGCCGCACGAUCUAAGCGCGCUGGCCAGUACAGUCUGGCUGCGAAGAGCCCCAUCGCACGCUCUCUGGUCAACGGGUCGCACAGCUUCCAUGCCUCGAGUGCGCCUUGUCGUGAAGGGCCUUCAGACACUCAAAUUCCAGACGAAAGUCUGGUGCAGUCAUCAGCACAGCGGGAUGAUCAGCCGGCACCCAAAGACACUCCGUCGCCAGGUUCAAACGAGGAGAUAGACACCAAACAAGCAAUCAAGGCUGCACUGCGACGACCUGGCAAAUUUGUCAAAGUCGGAAAACCAUACGCGGCCAAAGCGGCCAAGGAGAGGGCAGAAGGCGAGGAUGGACCGCCGCCAAAGAAGGAGGACUGGCAGGUUCAGAAGCGGGCGUUGAAGGAAAAGUUCCCCGAGGGCUGGAACCCGCGCAAGAAGCUCUCCCCCGACGCGAUGGAAGGCAUCCGGGCCCUGAACCAGCAGUACCCGGACAUCUACACCACCGAAGAGCUCGCCAAGCGGUUCGAGAUGUCGCCCGAGGCGAUCCGGCGCAUCCUGAAGAGCAAGUGGAGGGCCUCGCCCGAGGAGGAAGAGGACCGCCAGCAGAGGUGGUUCAACAGGGGCAGGAAGGUCUGGGAGCGGUGGGCGGAGCUGGGCAAGAAGCCGCCGCAGAAGUGGCGCCUGGAGGGCGUGGCACGGGAUCCGUCAUAUCACGAGAAGAAGAAACAGCGGCGCCAACGGCAGGCCGGCGAGGUUCAGACCGAGAGCCCCGGCAAGCGGUACCGAUUGACGGCGCAGCAGAGGUUGUCGAGAACCUUGAUAUAA